AUGAAGUUCGCCCAAUUUUUGCUGGCCGCCACAGCCGCCGCCGUGUCGCAAGCUUCUCCGAACCCCGCACGCGGGCAACAGCAGCCGCUCCAGUCCAUCAGCACUAUUAACACACAUUCAUUUAUUGAAAACUUCAUCAGUAGUUCUCCUUUGCUCUCACUACACCGAGAUCUUGUGGAGAUCUCUUCCAUCUCGGGCAAUGAGAGCGAUAUCGGUGCCUUCAUCGCUCACUUCCUUGAAAAGAAGAGCUUUACGGUUGUCAAGCAGAAAGUCGCGCCCGUCCCUAAGAAGGACGAGGAUGAGUCCGAGCCUUUCAAGCCUCGCUAUAAUAUCUAUGCAUACCCAGCUUCUCACUCUAAGCCGCCGUCGAUUCUUCUCUCCAGCCACAUCGAUACAGUCCCUCCCUUCAUCCCGUACUCCGUUCACGAGCCCGAAUCCGGGCUGAACCACAAAUCUGAUGUGGAAAAUCUCAUCAUAGCUGGUCGUGGUAGCGUCGAUGCAAAGGCUAGCGUUGCAGCUCAGAUCUUCGCCGCCCUCGAAACCCUAGAGAAGAACCCGGAUGCUAAUAUCGGCCUGCUCUUUGUUGUUGGCGAGGAAAUCGGUGGCGAUGGAAUGAAGGUUUUCUCGGCAUCGGAUCUGAACACUAAAGGUGCAUACCAUACUGUCAUCUUUGGUGAGCCAACUGAGGCUGCCCUUGUUUCUGGCCACAAGGGUAUGCUGGGCUUCGAGGUCCUGUCUCAUGGGAAGGCCGCCCACUCCGGAUACCCGUGGCUUGGCCACAGCGCUGUAUCUGGAAUUAUACCCGCUCUAGCUCGCAUCGAUAAGCUAGGCAAGAUUCCCACCAGCGAGGGUGGUCUGCCUUCUUCCGAGAAAUACGGUGAAACCACAUUGAACAUCGGCGUUGUGCGUGGUGGUGUUGCAACAAAUGUUGUCCCUAGUGAGGCUCGGGCCGAUGUAUCAGUUCGCCUGGCCGCUGGUUCGCCAGAGGAGGCUCGUGAAAUUAUUAUUCGUGCUGUAGAAGAUGCGACUCGUGAUGUGGAUGCUGAUGUCGUUGUUGACUUUUCUACUCAUUCGGAGUCGUAUGAGCCUCAGGACUUGGAUACUGAUGUUCCUGGCUUCGAAGUCAUCACCGUCAACUACGGUACUGAUGUUCCCAGCUUGAAGGUCCGCGAUGGUGUGAAGCGAUAUCUGUACGGACCUGGCAGUAUCUUCGUUGCACAUGGUGAUAAUGAGGCUUUGACUGUGCGCGAGCUCCAGGACGCAGUUUCCAGUUAUAAAAAGCUUAUAGAUGCUGCUCUCAGUCGGGAGAAGUAG